CGAUGGUGCAGUAGUGAGACAGGAGACAGGAGCAGAUAAACAGCGAGACACAGACAGAGACGCGGAGCUGCUUAUAACGAGGACACAUUGCGACUCAGCUGCUGACAUGGACGCGUCAGUCUGACCUGGUCCACACACGGUCCCCGCUCUCCAACAGGUCCACCGAGCAUGUCGACGGUAGAAGGAGCCGGCCAGCGUGAGGAAGGGGAGUACGGAAGGGCGGCAAAGCGGCUGAAAACAGAGGAGAGGGAGGAGGGGGAAGAGGAGCUGGAGGAGGGGGAGGAUUCGGACUCCGGCUCCCUGCCCGGUAACGGAGAGUCAGCGGCGGACAACCGGGCCCGGUGGAGCUCCGGCCAGUACGGAGCAGGACGGAGGGAUAAUGGCGAGGACUCCCAUCGUAUCUCUCCCAGUCCUGUGGUCCAUGUCAGGGGCCUGUGUGAGGCUGUGGUGGAAGCAGACCUGAUAGAUGCCCUGGAGAAGUUUGGACCCAUAUGUUAUGUGAUGAUGAUGCCAUUCAAGCGUCAGGCCCUGGUGGAGUUCUCUGCAGUGGAGAGCGCUGACCGCUGUGUGUCCUGUGGAGCCAAGGAGCCUGUUUACAUCGCAGGCCAGCAGGCGUACUUUAAUUACUCCACCUCCAAGAGAAUUACUAGGCCGACCAACGCUGACAACCCCAACAGUGGCAACAAGGUCCUGCUGCUGUCCAUACAGAACCCCCUGUACCCUAUAACCACGGAUGUUCUGUACACGGUGUGUAAUCCCAUCGGUAGCGUGCUCAGGAUCGUCAUCUUUAAACGAAAUGGAAUCCAGGCCAUGGUGGAAUUUGAGUCGGUUCAGUGUGCCCAGAAGGCCAAAGCUGCACUUAACGGAGCUGACAUCUAUGCCGGUUGCUGUACACUCAAGAUUGAAUAUGCUAGGCCAACUCGUCUGAACGUGAUUAAGAACGAUAACGAGAGCUGGGACUACACUAAACCAUACUUAGUCAGACGAGACCGUGGAAAGGGCAGGCAGAGACAGGCCAUUUUAGGAGAACACCCUUCAUCCUACAGUGAGAACGGCUAUGGUCCACCCUGCCCCCUGCUGCCUCUGCCCAGCAACAGCAGGUACAAGCUCACCUCAGUGGACGUUCCGGACAUGGUGUCCUACCCUCUGCCCCAGUCGUCCUCUUCAUACUCUGGCCACGCUCCUAGCUCUGUUGCCAUGGUGAGUGGCCUCCAUCCAUCCAAGAUGAACUGCACCCGCAUCUUCAACCUCUUCUGUCUGUACGGCAACAUUGAGAAGGUAAAGUUCAUGAAGAGUGUUCCUGGUACAGCGCUGGUGGAGAUGGGAGAUGAGUAUGCUGUGGACAGAGCCAUCACACACCUCAACAGCAUCAAGGUGUUUGGCAAGAGACUCAACGUCUGUGUGUCUAAGCAGCAUGCAGUGAUCCCCAGUCAGGUGUUUGAGUUGGAGGAUGGCAGCAGCAGCUAUAAGGACUUCGCCAUGACCAGGAACAAUCGCUUCAGCAGCGCUGGACAGGCCUCCAAAAACAUCAUCCAGCCUCCAUCUGCAGUGCUGCACUAUUACAACGUCCCUCCAUGCAUAUCACAGGACCACUUACUCAGGCUGUGUACGGAGCAUGACGUGCCCGGCUUUGUCAAAUUCAAGAUGUUUGAUGCCAAACCCUCCUCUAAGACCAUCUCUGGCUUGUUGGAGUUUGACAACAAGACGGAGGCUGUGGAGGUUCUUACUGUUCUCAAUCAUUACCAGAUCAGGAUACCCAAUGGAUCCAACCCUUACACCCUGAAACUAUGUUUCUCCACCUCCUCUCAUCUAUAAAAAGCUGCAAAGCACAAGGAGAGGCUGCUGAGCCUGGUGACAGUGGUGAUGGCUGAACUCUGACCUCUGACCUAAGAGAGGGACGGGGACCAUGAGGGAGUGGAGGAGAGAUAAACUGUGAAACAAGAAGAGAGUGAGAGAGACGGCCUUUAAAGGAAAUAAAGAAGAUGGAAAGAAAAGAGUUAACACUCCGAACACCAAACAUCCGCCCAUCAUCCAACCGUCCAAUCAAAAGCUGACAGACUAGUGACUGUCUGAAAUCAUGUCUUUAUAUUGUCAUGAGGGAUGUCUGUAGGACACUGCUCAUGUGUUUGUCCCAGAAGUCUUCACUGCAUGGUGUCUUCAAGACAGACAGAGACUGACUCUGAGAAAUCUACUGUACAAACCUGAGUCCACUCCAGCUUCAGUCAGUCAUCUCUAAAUCAUGAGCUUCACACGUAGAAGAUUUAGACUGAAAUCAUAUUUUAAUGUUUAAAAACUGAUGAGUACAGUGUGUUGCUUUGAAUUGUCAUUGAACGUAUGUAGUAAAUAUGGAUAUGAUUUUCUAAGUUCUCAUUUAGGGUUUAUUAGAACUACAUGAACUUCUCUGCCUCAGCAGCAGCAGCAGCAGCAGCUGCAGUGAGGCCUAAGGACACAAGUGUCACUCACACUUUGGCCCAGAGUCAUCUCAACCACUGAUAUGUUGUUAAGUUUGCUGGCUAUUCAUGGUCCUCAGAGGAAGAUGUGGUGUUUUGGUGACCCUCUGACCUGACUUUUCUCAUACGGUCAGAAUCUUCAGCCAGCUCCUGGUAUGUGGAAAAUUAAAGGCAGGAUUCCCAUGAAUAUUUGUGUUUCCCAGCGGAUGAACUUUAAUGUUUUCAAAAAACUUCUGUUAUUUCUUUUAGCUCCAUCAUCAGCUUUACCACCAUCACCAAACCCAUACAUAAGAAAUAUAAUGGGCUCGGAUUUUCUGAGCACAUUCAUUCUGCUCAGAUAAUAACCUCUUUGCAUUUUGGACGUUCCAUGAUCUUCCCAUUAGUGCCACCUUCAGGCAAAAACAUCAACUUUGCAUACAACAUGUCUAAUAAUGCAACUGGCAGAUUGAUGAAACACUCAUGUUUCCAUGGAGAUGAACCCUCUUGAUUGCAAAGCUUCAAUCACCUUUUCUCUAGAACCACCCCCAGGACAAAAGGUACAUUUUAAACCGCAAUGGUGAGACUCGAGAAUAACUAAGUUAUUAUCAUGCACUUUGUUCUGUCUUUCAGAUUGUGAGGUGUAAUGAAAUUACAGCCUACAACUCUUUAAUGUCGCUUUAAUAUUUUAAAAUAAUCCCAUGGUCUGAAAACUUGUUGGUGUUGUAUAUAUACAAUCUUCUCUUUAUUCUCACAUGGUACCAGUGUAAUAUUACAGGGACUGCCCAUGAGUCUGUGCAUUGUGUUUAUGGGUGUGUUUUGUGCAUUUGUCAAAAUUAAAUUUAGUCAGCAGAACAUUCCUAAUGCACCCUCACCAGGAAACACAUCGGUGCCAUGUGGCAUUUCCUGUACCGUCUGAGUGAACACACAGAGCUGCAGCCGAUUGUGUCAGUUCAGAGUCUUGAUUGUGAUUUCGGAAGGUAAAUGACUGGAGGAGAGCUGCAACAGUGUAAUGAACGUGUUCAUAGAAGUGUUGCCCUACUCUCUGUGUUGUACACUGAUGGGUUUUCCCUAAACACAACAGAUAAAUGCUGGUUUAUCUUAGUGGGUGUUGAGCCAAAAACAAUAUUAGACAAGUAGCAAUUCUGCCUGCAUGUGAACACAGUGCUUGUUCGAUGCUUUGACUAAGAGAUUGGACCUAAUGCAUUAACAUCAUCUGACCUUUAAAAAACAGUCCUGCUUUUUAUCCUUAUGUCCUUAAUGUGAUGUAUUUCCUCUGUAAACAGGAUUUUGUUGUUUGUUGUGACUGAGGAGUUAAUCAGUGUAAACCAAUGGGACAUAAUUGAUAAGAUUUGAAUACACCUGAAAUAUGUAUUACACAUAUGCACUGCUUUUUAAAAUGCGAUGAGUGCACAACUACAGUAAGACAAGUGUGUCAAAGUGGAACUGUGAUAAAUAGAAUGAUUUUACAUCAAAACUCUGGAAUUACAUAUAUUGAAGGACAUUUUUUGCUUUGUCAUGUUAAACAGCAUUUCAUUUUUUCUUGUAGUAUUUUCAUUUUUAUAAUCUAAUGCUAAAAUAAGAUUUUAUGUGGAUUUUGCAUGAAAUGUGUGAAUUAACAGGCUACCUAAAAUCUGUAAAAUGCACAGGCAUAGAUGGAUUACUGACCAGGCACAAGAUAGGUCUGCUGGUCCCUGGGCAAGAGCCCAGUGACUGUUUGAAAGUCAUACUGCUCAGUUAAAGGACAGUCAAAAUGACUAUAUAGGAGGAGUGGGGAGCCUUUUGCCUAUCUGUGAUCACAGGGCCAUUUUCUCAUAAUCCGUCCAUGUCCAGGCCCAAAGUAAUCGGAUACAACGGGCUUCUGAGGCAAGUGUAGUAACAGAAAGCAUAGUGUCUCUGUUCCAUCCUGCAUCUCAUACAGGACAUGCAGAUUUCACUGCUCCAAGCCUCUUUUUUUUUUAUAGUACACCACGAUCCAUCACACUUGAAUUAAGGCAUGCUUUUUUAUAUGACAAUAAGGAAAUGGUGUGAAAAGUCUCCACAGACGAAUCCCGUUUAGUCUGCAGUUAAAUUAUUACUCCUUUAGAUGCUGUGAAACAGUUUCAUUAAACAGACACCGGGGGGUUAGUAUGCGUCUUACAGCACUUAAAUCUUACUGUAUUUAUAAGGAGGUUUUAUGUAUUCUAAGCUUUUGAAGCCUUGAAGGUGGUUUGAUAAGCGGGGACUGUUGUCACUCUGACAGAUUCACAGGUUUCAUGAUUUUAGGCUGUAAAGGUUUAAUGUUGUUAAUAGUCUGUAAUCACUGACAAAACAUUUAGAAAAAUACAUAGAACUAUAUUGUGCCAUUCAUUUAAGAAUCCCUGUGGUUGUAACUUACAUGUACAUGUUCAAGCUGAAUAAAGUCAAGUCUGGGGCUGUAAGGUCUAUACACACAGCUCAAGUCA